AUGGUUUCUAUUUACUCUAAUAAGGAUUCGGCUGACGUGGCAAAGUCUGUUGGAUUGCACGUUGUGAAGGCCCAGAACGAGGCGCUCAAGAAUUCCAAAACCUUCAAGAUCGCAGUUUCUGGAGGAUCUUUAGGUAAGGUAUUGAAGGCAGCCUUGAUCGACAACAAAGAACUUGCCAGUCAGGUACAGUGGGAUAAAUGGGAGGUUUUCUUUUCUGACGAGAGAUUGGUUCCAUUGGACCACGCAGACUCGAACUAUGGACUUUUUGCUGAAAUGGUGCUCAACAAUCUCACCGGACCAAAGCCGACCGUUCACACCAUUGACGAGUCUUUGCUCACUGGAGAGGACGGACAAAUUGAGGGAUCUGAUCAAGCUAAAGAUGCUGAGAUUGCCAAAUCCUACGCAAAGCUUCUUCCAACAGACCUCAAGUUGGACUUGAUUCUUUUGGGAUGUGGACCAGAUGGUCACACAUGCUCUUUGUUCCCAGGACAUCCCUUGUUGACAGAGAAGAGCGAGCACAUCUCUUUGAUCAGAGACUCCCCUAAGCCUCCUCCAAGAAGAAUCACCUUCACCUUCCCAGUGUUGGAGAACGCGGGAGCCAUAGCAUUCGUAGCAGAGGGAGAGGGUAAGGCGCCAGUUAUCGAUGAGAUAUUCAACAAGAAAGAUUCCAAGUUACCGUGCAAGUACGUCAACGAGCUUGAUGUGCCAGUGUCGUGGUUUGUUAACGAUGCUGCUGUCAGUGGUAUCGAUGUAAUUGUUUCCAAGUACUAG